GGCAAAUAAAGACGUCUGCGUUUUAAUAUCAUGGAGGUGCGAUUUGUAGUAAUAUGUGAAAAUAUCUACACGGAUUUCGUCGAUCGAUCGAUUUCGUCGGUUUAUUGAGUGAUAUUCGAGAAAUAUCAACGGGAAUUCUUUGAUAUCGAAAAAAACAAAUCUGGCCGCUUUGAAGUGCGUCGUUUUGUAUGUUCUCGUGUGUUCCAUAUCGACGGUAUCUCUUCACAGUAUGGAUGAUAAACUGUCGAUCAUUAGUGAGGAGUCGAUUUUGGUCAGUCAAUCAACGUCUGAGCCUGAGACCGGCGUUGUGAAUGGACUUCAAAGCGGAUUUCACAUUCACAAGGUGUACAUCGAAGGUCUAGAGUACCUGAGGAACAAGAUCCGGGAGGUGGAGGACGACCUGGUGCAGAUCAAGCUCGGCUACUACCACUGCGAGGAGGAGGACGAGGACAAGUUCGUCGACUACCUCAAGCGGUGUGACGGCAGACUUCUAACCGCGAACAGUGAACUACGCAAGCACGACAAGACGCUCGAGGUCAUUGACGCUGAGGUCCGUCUCGUGUCCCUGCUCAAUCUGAUCAGAGAUCUGUCUGUGGAGCAGGGUUGUGUUGAUGCUCUCACGGAGUACUGGGACAGUAUUAAGACGGCAACAGAUGGCUGCCAGAGCCUAGUCUACAAGUUUCAAAAGAGUGUGUUGGACAGGUUUAAGCUGAACUGCACCAGUUACACGGAGACGGGCAUCCAGUUGGAAGUGAGUGUGAAGUACACGGAGGAGAUCUCCGGGUACCUGAACGAGGUGGAGUCUCUGCUCACCAACACGCAUAUUCUGAUAAAAAGCUACAACAGUGGACUCCACCAGGAUCUCUUUGACACUACGGCAUUCUCGAGAAGACUUCUCGUUUCGUGCGAUCUCAAGGCAUUCCCGCUUUUAAGGUUCAUCGCAGACGUCACGGACAAAAUUCGAAGGAUGUGCGAAAUAGCCAGACAGUGGCUGGCAAGAGAUGAGAAAUAUGUGUACGAGAUAAACAAUUACAUCAUGGAAACUCGCAGCAUAACCCGACGGGCGGAGGAAGACCUCAGAACCAAGAAAGAAAAGCACAAGAAGUUUGAAAAAACUGUGAGAGCGGCUUCCAUCAUGUUAGCAAACAACAAGGAGAAGCUACAAAAGAUCGAAACCGACCUGAACUCUCUGGAGGACCAAAUGAGCGGGAAGGGAAACGAGAAGAAGUGUAAAUACGAGGAGAAACAGCAGAAAGAGAGCAUGGUCGACUUUCUAAAGAUAACUCUGUCUCAGACGAAGAGGAAUUACAAUCUACAGAUGAAGCGGUCCAGGCUUCUCAGACAAGUAAAGAAUCUGGAGAAAGUGCUGUUCACAAUCGAACGUGACCUGACGGACAUACAGCAGGAAAUAGUCGUCAAAGCCCAGGAAAAGGUGCUGCUGGAGGAAAAGGUAGGAACCAACGAGCAAUCCUACAGUGUUCUGAAAACAGACUUGGACAAAUUUUCCAAUAGUUUAGAAAAGCUCGAAACAGAAGCGAAUGGACUCUCCAGUCAGUUGCUACAGCUGGAAAUAGUUUAUACCUUAAAGACUAGUCCUGAAAAGAUUGAGGAAAUUUACGACCGACCCACGUCAGUGAAAUUGGCGCCUUCGUUAAGAGAGAAAAUCAAACAGCGAAAGCGGAAGACAUUGAUGCAAGCCAGUUGAAGUAGUUUUGCUAGACCUGUAGUCUUGAUAGGCCCAGACUAUUGUUUUUGAAAAGUAAUUUGUGGACUCAAUACAAACAACAACAACAACAACAACAAAACAACCCACUUAAUCAUCUGUCUCCAUCAUCAUUAAAACAAUUUAUAGAAGGGAGAUACAUUUGUUGCUAAAACUGUGCUACGCUCGCUACAUAACAAAUAAAUGACUGUUUUACCAUAACCAAUCCAUCGAUUCAGCCAGUCAGAUCCGUUACAUUGUUUUUUAAUGAGUCUGGGUCAGUCGAGACUACUUGACCUGGUGGCGUCAUUCUUGCUCACCGGAAACUAUGCCUUGAUGCCAAAACAUGCCAUACGCAAAUGUUUUGUAAGACGUUUACACUUACAAGAACAGUGAUUUCUUUACAAAAUCGCCAAACUUCCUCAUCUGUUUUGGGUAAUAAGAUCUAAGUCCAGCUUGCACAAACGAUUGUAUUUUUCUGUAGCUUUCUGUCAGGCAUUAUGUCGACUUUGCAAAGGAAACCCCCAAGGCUAUAAGGUAUAAUUUUCACUUAAGAAAACUAACCGAGUGUUUAUUAAGCUUGACAAAAUCAUUUCAUCAACAUUAAAAAACGAAUAGGUAGUUAGAGCCUUUUCUCUGUAAAGUACUUGGGCACUAUGAGGUUAAAGUUACAGAUCCUUGUUUUUAAACACCACGACUUAAUUUUUCACAAUUAGAGCCGUUUUGAUAAUUAAAAUUAGAAGUUACUUAUAUAUAGAUUGACCAUUUUCGUACAUCCGAAGUGUUUCUCAUCAUCCAGGUUUUUGUAAUAUCCAGAACUACAUUUUUCAUAAUUCUAACCCCCCCCCCCCCCCGCAGGUUCGUUUGAGAAGUAACAGUUACUGAGCCAAAUCUAUUUUUAGACUGUAUUUCCCCGUUUAAACCUCACAGACUUCAGGUUUCACUAUAUUAUAACUGGAUACAGUUGUGUUACAGUUUGUAGAUUAAUCAAACUUAGUCAUUGACACUAGGGUCUUGCUUUCGCGUCCUCCCUGUGAAUUGAAGUUUUCAUUACAUGUUUGAAGAGCUAAUCUGCUAACCUGACUGUAGCAGUAUUCCAUCUUAACUUGAGUCUCGUGCUUAUAUCCGAUUAAUGUUCAAGCGCCUUGUCGUUGGUCAUAUAUGUAUCUGGGCUGUCUGUCCAGGACUGUGAGUUAGGCCUAAUGGUUAGUGAGAGAGAAGUUUGUGUAAUAGCCUCACUCGUUUACCUCCCUCACUGAGCCGUUAAACGUGUCCUUGGUUGUAGUAGGUGCCAUGAUGCGAACUGUGUAUCCAACAGCUUUAACUUCAACGGUUUAACCACUGCACCACGGAUAUUAGCGUAGCUGUAUAACUAGUAACCGCUAUUUAACCAUGUAUUUGUAUAAUGACCUCACUAGACCUCAUUGACUUAUUAAUCAUAGUCUAUUGGAUGUCAAACAUUUGGUAACUUUGACUUGGAAGUAUUGAGAGGAAAUUCGAUUGAGAGGAAAUUCGCAAAAAACACAAACCGAAACCAAAAAAAUACUAAUGAAAGAAUGGGUUCACCGAAGAGUUUCGAUCCUGCGAUCAAAGCACCCUAGGACAAGGGCUCUAUCGACUGAGCUAGAUCCCGCCCGUGCCUGUAUUUGUAUACUGACAACUAAACUAAACCAAAGUCGGAGACAUUUAGUAAAACUAUUAAAUAUACUGGAAAGGAAUUAUUGUUUGACGACACCUCGAAAUAUUUUUAAAACAGCGACCACGAAGAAUACAUUAUAUGUGACAAUGGAGGCUAAAGAUUAAGAAAUAAUUGUACAUCAUGUUUGUCGGAGAUAAUAUUGAAUGCAUGUACCUAAUUAGAUUAUCUGCUAUUGGCGACAUAAGAUCGAUAAGUAGGCUUACCUAUAGUCCGUCCCAUCAUUCUAUUAAAAUGUUGGGGGUUUAUUUGUAAAUGAUUUCAGUUUGGUUUGACGUAAGAAGAAAAGUUAACGUGUUUCGGAAAUAACAAAGAAAUAUAAUUUGUGUGUUCAAUUAACAAAUCAAUCGGCUCGGAAAUAAAUAACUUGUAGUAAAUUACAUGGUAUGAACAAAAUGCGAUCCCUGUGGGACGGACUGUAGUUGGUUCCAAGGGUGUUCUUCUCUGAAAAGGGUAACCCAAUAGGCUUGUAACAGAAUGCGUCGUGCUUGGAUUUCAGGCCAAUUUGUGAAAUAUAUAUUCCAUUAAACCUUGAUCUGCCUAUAUCUACAUGGUAUUUGUGUUUGAAAUAAAAUUGUCAAAAAUAAUAUAUUAAAAUACUGAAAACCAAACGCAUUGUAAACUGCCAGUUUAGUAAUACAUGUAGUUCAAUUCUACCAUCCUUCCCUUUGCCAGUAAUGUUACAUGUUAUCUUAAAAAUUAACAAAAAAUUUCAGUUAGUUAUUAUCGGUUUUGUGUAAAAGAUGCCCGGACGUGAUGUCUGGGAUAUUAGUAUUAAAUAUGAGCGAAGGAAAACAGGGACAAUGAUGCUAGUGUGCAGUUCGCCAUCUAAUAAGGCACAUGCGGACUGUCCCCCGAAGUCCACCCCUGACGAAUACUUGAAAAAAGACCAUGCUUACUCUGGAGUUUCUGUCAAAAAGCGAAAGAAAAAAUUACAUUGUAGUUGUGUUUGAGAUAAUAUAUUUGUAAAAGAAACUCAAAAGUCGGCAUUGUACAUAGCAUCGUUUCGCAAUUUCGGUACCCACCACAUCGCAAGGUACAACCCUGGUGCUGCAAAGAAAGACGUGGAGUAUAUAUAUAUAAAGACAGCUUGCAUAAUUCUAAGUGGAUUUACCUUUUUGUGCUAGUAAACCGGUCUUCAGUACUUCAAAAAGCAAAGCAUCAUUUGUUUAUGUUAAAAGGUCGCUAGAAUUUCAAAUAUUUUAUGAAUUAUUUGUACGUGUGUGGAACUGGUUCAGCUGUUAUUUUUGUUACGAUGUGCUACACACAGAACUAGCUAAUUUUGAAUAUGACAACUGGUGGUAUUUUGUUAUUACAUACAACUUUGAUGGAAUGGCAUAUUAAAAUUGAUUACAUUUUUAUU